AUGGUCUUUGAAGGUGCAGAUCAGUUCAGGAAAACAGUGGCAGAUUAUGCUGUAGAGUAUAGAAGACAGUUAAAGCUAAGACCUAAUGAAAAACAUAGAGUGAGGGUGAAGUGCAAAAAUGUUAAGUGUAAGUGGUUGUUAUAUGCUUCGAUUGACAGGGACUCAGGUGAUUUUAUUGUAAAGAACUAUCAUCCUAUUCACAAGUGUAUUCCAUUAAACAGAAAUAAGUUGUGUAAUUCAAAGUUUAUUGCUAGAAAGUUUAAGGACAGAAUUAUAUCUCAACCAUACAUAAGGAUUUGGGAAAUUCAAGAUUUGGUUAGAAAGACAUUGGGUCUUUAUGUUGAUGUGAUCAAACAAACCAAUCCUGGAAGCUCUUGUGGGGUAAAAAUUGAUAAGAAAACUGAACUAGGGAAGAACCUUUUUGUGUAUUUUUAUGUAUGCUUUCAUGCAUUUAAGCAAGGAUGGUUGGAGGGGUGUAGGAAUAUAAUUGGAUUUGAUGGUUGUUUUCUCAAGGGAGCUUGUAAGGGUGAAUUAUUAGUUGCUGUUGGAAAGAAUGGGAACAAUCAAAUGUAUCCCAUUGCCUGGGCUGUUGUGGAUACAGAAACAAAACAUAGUUGGAGCUGGUUCAUAAGUUAUUUAAUUGCUGAUCUAAACUUGGGAACUGGUGAAGGUUUGACUGUGAUGUCAGAUAUGCAAAAGGGACUUAUUCCUGUAUUGUUGGAGUUGUUACCAAAUGCUGAGAAAAAAAUGCGUGUUAGACAUAUAUGGAGUAAUUGGCAUGUUAAUUGGAAAGGAGAAGAAACAAGGAAACAGUUUUAG